UGUAAACUGAGACUUGUGAGGGGCAAGUUUAUAUGCAUGAAUUUCAUAUGUCAAGAGUACCCAGCAACAGUCGACUUCAAGUUGAAAGUUCAUUACACUGUGCUGGAUUGUACAGGCAGGACCACUGUAGUGUUUGGAAACAAGAUGGCUUAUGAGAUAUUUGGGAAAACUGCAUGUGAGAUGCAGCAAGUGCUUAAUAUGCAGGGCUGUGGGUAUGAUUUUCCUGGAGAGCUUGACAUGUUGGUCGGCAAGACGUUGCUGCUGAAGAUAAAAUUGAAGCAGCGGAAUCUGGAGUAUCCUGAUAGCAGCAUGUAUGUGCAUGCGUAUUGUCAAGUAGCUGACAUGGUGAUUGAAAAUUUUAUUCCUAUGAAAGACCUUGGGUGUGGAAAUUUCCAAGAUCAAGUAACUCCAAAAAGUCAGUAUGAAAUGGAGAAGGAGAAUAUACAGUUGGAAGAGAUGCAUGCCAUACAGUGGGCACCACGUGUGAAAUACAGUAAUAAGAGGGAGAAAGGAGGGAACAAAAGACGACGACAAAGAAUGAAGUACCUUCAUGAACUUUAUGUAGUGCGUGUUAACAAUGCUUGCAUGACAAUGAAGCCAGAGAAACCGCUCAAUCAAGAAAGGAUGUGAUUUUGGCGUUAUGCAAUUUGUGUGGACUCCCUUCAAUCAUGUCCAAAAUAUUGUGUGCAUGAAUUUAUUCAGUCUGUCUUAUUAGGUAUAGUAUUUUGGCCUUUAGUGGCAAUAUUGUAUGGUUAUUGUUAGUUUUCGAUGUAGUAUUAGGUUGUGUAACUUAGUCGAAUGUGUUGAUGUAUCUUUUAUAUUUGGUGGGAAAUUGUAUGAUUGUAAUUCACUUCUAUUUUAAUAUAUCGUAAUAUGUUUAUGGUGUUUUAUUAAAAA